AUGAAGGAAGUGGACUAUUCUUUAUACUUGGUGACAGAUUCGAGCAUGCUGCCCCAAGGCACUACACUGGACAGCCAGGUAACUGCAGCAUUGCAGAACGGAGCGACGUUGGUCCAGCUGCGGGAAAAGGAUGCGGACGGUUGCGACUUUGUGGAAGCUGCGCUGAGGGUCAAACGCAUCUGUGCCGAGUUUAAUGUUCCUCUGCUCAUCAACGACAGGGUGGAUGUGGCACUAGCAGUCGAUGCGGACGGCGUGCACGUGGGACAACAGGAUAUCCCGCCGCCACUGGUACGCAAGCUGGUGGGGCCGAGCAAGAUAGUUGGUUGGAGCGUGGGGCGGCCGGAGGAAGUGCAGCAACUGGCAGAGUGGGGCCAAGGCUGCGUCGACUAUAUCGGUGUGGGGAUGAUCUUUCCCACUGAGACGAAGAAGAAUCCUCGCAAGGUGCCGAUGGGGAUUUCAGGGGCUAUUGAAAUCAUGGAUGCACUUGAGGAGUGCAGGGCUACAUGGUGUCGAACUGUGCUCAUCGGGGGACUGCAUGCAGACAACAUCGGCCGGGUCCUGUUGCAGUGUGCCAGUAGCAAUGGCAAAAGAGCCGCAGACGGAGUAGCGGUCGUGAGCGAGAUUAUGGCCGCGAGCGACGCGCGUGGUGCGACGCAGCGGCUGCGCCGGCUGCUCGAUGACGGCGCAUACAGGUUUGUCGUUGGGAAGUUCACUGAAGACGUGGACUACAGGGCGCCGGAUGACAUGGAAACAUAUGUACCGAUGCUUCUUGAAGCCUCGCCUCUUGUCCAUCAUGUCACGAACAAGGUGCACCAGAACUUUGCCGCGAAUGUCACCCUAGCUGCUGGCUCAUCGCCUAUCAUGUCAGAAGUAUCUUCGGAGUUUGAAGAUCUUUCUACUGCCGCGCACUCUGCUCUUGUGCUCAAUACUGGAUCUCUCGUUGACCUUGAGGUGGCCACUGCCGCUGUGAGGGCCUAUAAUAAGGCCCGGAGACCAGUUGUGUUUGAUCCUGUGGGUUUUGCGGCCUCCCGCACGCGGCUGGAUUAUAAUGGGCAUUUGCUCAAUAUGGGUCAGUACACAUGUAUCAAGGGAAAUGCCAGCGAGAUAUUAGCUUUAUCAUCAUCCGAACAUAGAGCAAUGCGAGGAGUGGACUCAGAGCAUGAUGUGGACAUCGAUACUUUAUGCAAUGCUGCGCGUCAGGUCGCCUAUCGGUAUAGAACUGUGGUGGUGCUCACUGGCCAGAACGAUAUAGUUGUCAAUGGGGCGCUUGAUUGCUCGUUUAACUUGGGAUUCGGCAGUGCCCCUCCCCAGGACCACCUUCCAGCCUACAUUGUUAGCUGUGACUCUAUUCCGUUGUUCAGCAAGGUCACAGCGACGGGGUGUUCUCUGGGCAGCGUCAUUGCGUGUUUUCUCGGAGCAUUGCCACCCGAUGGGUCGCCGUUCCACGCAGUCCUCAGUGCUGUGCUCAUUUACAAGUCGGCUGGUUACUUUGCUGCAGGUCGUGCUACAGGUGGUGCAAGCUUCCAGACAGAGCUCCUCGAUGAGCUAGACACGCUCUUCGAAAAGGGCAGCCAUGGGCAGAUGGCCAAGAUAUACCCUUUCGGAUCUUGGCCGGUAAAGGUAGAGCGGGUCGAUAUCCCAUAA